GUAAAAGCAAAAGUGAAAAAUGAAUAUUUUUGCGCUUAAAGACAUCAAAACCGUGCCGGAUAUUGUUCACGAAUACUCACCAGACUACAAGGGAACAAAUAUUCCUUUGGUGAUUGACAAUGGAUCCUACCAAUGUCGCGCCGGAUGGGCUUCCGAUGACCAGCCAACUCUCGUUUUUCGAAAUCUGAUAGCCAAGCCGCGAAAAGAUCGGAAUAAGAAAGACGGAGAAGUCCCGGUUGCACCAGUUGUGCAAAUUGGAAAUGAUAUUGUUAACAUAGAAGCCCUUCGAUUUCAACUAAGGACUCAAUUUGAUCGCAAUGUCGUCACUCACUAUCAUAUUCAGGAGCAGAUCUUUGACUACAUCUUCAAGCACCUGGGAAUAGAUACGGAAGGCCGUGUGGAGCACCCAAUCGUGAUGACGGAAUGCUUUGUGAACCCAAACAGUUGCAGACAAAUGAUGUCUGAGCUAUUAUUUGAAUGUUACGAUGUACCAUCGGUUUGCUACGGUGUGGACUCACUCUUCAGCUUGCGACAAAAUCAACCUAACGUUGACUAUGCGCUUGUUAUCUCACUUGGGUAUCACACCACGCACAUCACCCCAGUAGCAAAGGGUCUGGUGCUGCCGGACAAGACGCGUCGAAUCAAUCUUGGGGGAUUCAAUAUGCUGGCGUUCCUCCACCGACUACUGCAGCUCAAGUAUCCAGUCCAUGUAAAUGCAAUUACCCUGCGGAGAGCAGAGGAAAUCCUGCAUGAGCACUGUUUAAUUGCCUGCGACUAUUCUGAGACGCUGAGAAACUGGGCGAGUAUGGAGUUUUAUGAACCGAAUGUGAGAAAGAUCCAGUUGCCCUUUAACCAAACUGGAAUCAGCGCAUGGCUUCUCACUGCAGAACAGAGAAUGGAAAAGAAACGAGAUCUCGCUAGGCGCCUCACGGAAUUAAAUGCGAGACGAAGAGAGGAGCAGCAGGCUGAAGAUGAGGAGUUGCUAACGCGACUUUUGGAGAUUAAGGAGCUCUAUCGCUUAGACAGAGAGGAAUUCGACUAUGCUUUGCUGGAGUUUCAGGUGAAAGGCAUCCGGGAGCUACACAACAUGAUUCGAACCCUCACCUCGAAAGUCGAGAGAACAAAACAGAGAAUGGCAGCCCAACAGGAGGCGCACGCUCAAGCCACAGCAGCUGAAGACAAAGUUCCACAUCCUCCAGUGGGACUCACUGUCGAAGAAUGGGUAAAACAAGUGAAUCAGCAGAGACAAACUCUCCUAGAUAAGCGUCAAGCCCGCCGACAGAGGCGUCAAGAUUUGGCUAAACGGCACACAGCUGCUGCUCAAGAGCGCAUGAGAAUCAUUUCUUUGCUGGCGAGAAAGGAGAAAGGCACUGACGACUUCGGAAUGCGCGAUGAGGAUUGGGAUAUCUACAAGACUAUAAGUCGCGAAGGUGGUGAUUCGGACAGUGAAGUGGAGAAUGAGAAGCUAGUGGAAUAUGAGGAAAUAUUGCGCCAUCAUGAUCCCACAUUUACCAUCGAGGAACCCCAAAAUUCCCACAGUGGCACCGCGGAGUAUCAUCAGUUGCACCUCGGUGUUGAGAUUCAUCGUGCACCUGAGAUACUCUUUCAGCCCAGCAUGAUCGGAAGCACUGAGGCUGGAUUGGCGGAAACAAUUGACUUUGUUCUGAAGCUGUUUCCAGCUGAAGAACAGCUACUUCUGGCCAACAAUGUCUACGUCACGGGCAGUUGUGCUAAGUUUCCGGGCUUAGAAGAGCGACUUUCGCGAGAGUUGCUCGAAAUGAGACCCUUCCAGACACCACAUAAGAUAACGAUGGCCAGCAAUCCCACCCUGGAUGCUUGGUUGGGUGCGAGCAGCUUCGCCAGGCAGGAUACAUUCAUGAAGAUGAGCGUGUCGAAACGAGAAUACGAGGAAUUUGGCGGAGAGUAUCUCAAGGAGCACGUGGCGAGUAACAAGUACUAUCCCACACCAGCAGCUCCAGUCAUAGAGAUGAACGAUUAGGGUUAAUGAUUUUUAUUACCAUCCUUAUGAUCUAUCUUUAUACAAGUUUUUUUUAUUGUAAGUUUUCCUUCUCCCUUCGUUUCGAACAAUGUUGCGUAUAAAAGAUGUGUGUUUUGUGUAAACAUUUUUCGAACUGAGUAACUAAUAAAAAUUACAAGGGAGACGUUCAUUCACUGAAACUAAUUACAGAAUCUUUCCACUCACAAAAUAUAGCGGAUAUGGCAGAUUAAUAACAUUGUCCGUUUCUGUUCACGGUGAUCGUAUUUCAAGUCUCUACGUAGUCCGUACGUUCUAUUUUUUAUGAUUAUUUCUUGUGGAUCUAGAGCUACUUCUCAUCAUUAUCUAUGCCACUGCUUCCCUACACAUUUUUUUUUACACUAAGUUAUUAUCAAAUAAUCUCUUUAUUUGCAUUCUAAGUGGCCACUGUACAUUCAUGCUCAAUAUAUAUUCACUUUUUGAAAUUGCAACAAAUUUUCACAAAUUCGCCUUUUCUAUAAUUUCGUGAAUAGUUAUCAUAUAAAUAAAAGUUAUGGCACAAAUUUACUGUCUUGUAUUCCAAUUGAAUUUUGCUGUUUCUCUUCUUCAUGUUUUCACCUCUUCUCUUUUUUGUACAAGAUUUUAUAGUUUAAAAGGCAUUUUCAUGACUUUCCAUCUUCACCCUUCCUCACAUAAACAUAAAACUUACAACGUCAUUUAUUUUCAACAAAUGAACUUGCUGCCAAUUUUAUGCAUCUCACAAACUUGAUAAAAAAAAACUUGGAGAAUAGCAAAAAAUAAAUUAUAUCAGUAUAAAAAAAUAAUGGCACGUUAUAUUCUCACAUCUAAAACGAAAUGGAUUGAAUAAUUGUAUAAAUUCUCUUAAAAAAAAACAAUUUUGAUUUUAAAAAAAUAAAAUAAAAAUUUUGACUGGA